AUGUCGGUCCACGACAUCACUUUCAACGCGCUCAAGGAGAUGGGUAUAGAUCCUAUCAUAGCUCGUGAAGCUGCAUCUCGUUUUCAUAACGUUGAACCAGCUGUCAAUUGGUGUUUCGGGGAUGGGUCAGAUUGGAAACCAGAACCGCCCAAACCGGAAGGACCUCCAAUUUAUGAUUCAUGGAGACCACAAAGAGCAGAGGGUACCUCUGUCGAGCAUCGAGAAGUAAUCGACGUUGAUACCCCGUCGUCUGGGGAACCAACUCCAUCCGCCAAUCCCCAGUUUGCUUCCAAUAACCCGUUCCGUCAAGAUCAAGCCCGUCCCCCACCUCUACCUCAUCGAAACAUAGCACCGGCACGUUCACUUGCACCCACCAUAGUAGGAGAUGAUGAUGACGACGAGGAUCUACGCAAGGCUCUUUCGAUGUCUGUGGCAGAGAUUGGGGAACCAAUUGAAGAGGACGACAAGCGUUUAGAGAGGGAGAGAAGUGUUAGAGCAACUGGACCUCCACCACCAAGUCCUACAAACGAUGAAGGCGAAGUCACAGAUACACUGCUUGGACCACUAUUUGGACCAACAAAUAAGACUGAUGAAGAAGGAAAGAUGGCUCUGGUACCAGCUAGUCAUAACAACAAUACAACUUCCACGUCGAAGGAAGAUGAAGAUAUGGACAGAGCAAUACAGGAAUCCCUUAUGACUGCAAGUCUCCAUUCCAAUUCAGCGGUGAAAGAUGUCAACAAAGCUGUUCCCACAGAGCGAGUCGCUGGAGCACCCCUCGUUCUCUACUCUGAGACAGGCCAUUCCACUUAUGCUGCCAACUUCCUUCAAGCUAUGUAUGCAGUACCUCAACUUCGAGAUGCCGUAGCCAAUGUAUUGGCAUCAAAUCAAAUAAUGGAGGCUGCCGAUAAGGGCAAGGUAUUUGUGGAUCUAUAUAAAUCUUCUAUCGAAUCGAAAUCCAGCUUCGUCGAGGUGGAUGAUCCGUUGAAGGAAUUGCGUGAUGGAAAAGAACCAAAUCAGUUGCCUCCCAAUUACCCUGCUCUGGAAUUGCAUAAACUAUUUGUACAUUAUUUCAGCAAUCUCAUGCUAUCUCAGGUGGGAGAUGCAUCUAGUCCAGAACACUGGCAAGCUCUCGAUACACUUGGUCCCGAGCGAAUGUUUCAAACUCACGUAGACGGCGAUCAUCCACAGCGAUCUUCUUAUGUGACCUUCAACCGAGGAUUUAAUACCCCACCGGAUAUCUACUCUCACUUAGCCAACGUACUCUGGCAAUCAGAUUCAGCUUCCCAGAGUCUGGUCGAUUUGGGGGAUAUAUUGACCGUCAUUCUUGACUGGACGCCGGCGGCCACGAGGGAGGUAUGGAAAUUGGACGAAAGGGUUGUACUAGAUCGGUUCAUGAAAUCCAACGCUGCCUAUGCAGCCCAGAAAAGAGCUCUUCAAUCUGUGAUGGCUGGGAACGCAAGACGCACCCAGGAGAAGAUUGAUCAUUUGACAACACAUGAGGGAAAUGACUACCAACAAAGCAUAGCUACGUUGAUCGAGCAUCUGGACAACUCGCCUCUUACUGAGGACAAAUUGCAGAAUGAAUCUCAGAGGGAGAUGAAGGACAAGCUGGAGAGGAUUCUUAAAUUCUUGCAGCAAGGUGUAUCUGAUUUGAAAGAAGAGUUGAAGGGACAUUCGGAAGCUUCUUCUGGCACUAUGUUCGAAACCGAUGAUCCUGCGUAUAACCAACAUGUCUACAUCCUACGUGGUAUCCUUUUCCAAGACGGUGCAUUAGUGGGAGGUAAACACUUAUACGCUUAUAUAAAGGGAGAAGACGGAAGAUGGUGGAAAGUUCAGGAAUAUCAGAUAGAACCGAUUGAGUGGGAAUCAAUUGUAACUGACAAGACUGGAUUAUGGAUGGAUGGAGGCGCUUAUAUGCUCAUCUAUUCGCGGGAUGGACCCAGACCUCCACCUCCUGCACCUUCCCCUGCACCUUCUCAUUCACAGCUCGAACGACAACUCUCUCAUCAGGAAGCUUCCCCUGCCAAAAGCAUCCAAGCAGAGUCCUUACCUCACAUCUCCCCCCACGUAAACGAUCUAAUGGAUAUCAGCAUGACCAAUCCAUCAACCACUUCUACAAGGCAAGGCUCACCGGAAGCUAAUCAAAUAGACGUUGAUAUGAGAUCUGCUGCUACUUUGACUGGUGAGAGCGAGGAUGGAAGGAUUGAAGACAAGGAGACGAAAGGGGAUUUAAUCAAUUUGUAG